AUGUCCAUGCAUGUUUACUGUAAACGCAAGUAUGCACUUACCAGUGAAAUGUAUAACGUGGGAAAUGAUUUUUCCAGGCUGGGCUUAACACCAACUGGAAUGCUCGUCUUUGAUGGUAAUCAAAAAAUUGGACUAUUUUUGUGGGAGAAAAUCCAGAAGCUUGAUUUCAAAAAUCGCAAAAUUACGCUUGUUGUUGAGGAAGACGCGGAUCAGGCUAGUGGACAAGUGCAGCUGCAUACAUUUGUAUUCAAUCUUUCUUCCCACAAGGCUUGCAAGCAUUUAUGGAAAUGCGCCAUCGAGCAUCACACAUUCUUUCGGCUCAAAUAUCAUAAGCCAAAAAGUAACAAAGCAUCGCAAUUAUUCCGCUUGGGUAGCACCUUCCGUUAUAGGUACAUUUCAGAGGCCGAACUGAAUACGAAAAUGUGCAUAGAGACAGUGGAAGGCUUUCGCGCCGGCAAUCAGCAACAUUCGAACGACGGCCUUCGCAGAGGUAUGGCCCGCGGCAAAGCCUGGUUUGCGCAUCCGCAGGGCUAUCGAUUCCUGACGCUGGAGCUCAAGCCGAAACAUCACGUAUAUUUUCCGACUAAUUUACCACUUGGUGAGUAG